AUGAGUGAGGCUGGGAACAGUCUGACGAAAUGUAAGACCAAGGCUUUGCAGGAGGAUUCAAAGGCACGACCUGCAGAAAGUCUGGACGUAAAGAAGCGCCAGACACUGACUCAAGCCUUCCUUUCUCGGCAAGCUAUCCAACAGAAGAAGCUAGUGUCGGAGGCAACAAAGCCUCCAGCUGUCGUGCCACCCAAACCCCUCCCAGGUAUUUACAAAGGCAAGGUUGUCCAGUCAAAAGUAAAUUCUUUUAGGAAGCCAGCGGGUAAUGAUGGAGAGGCGGAAGCGAAAGCUGCUGUAAAACCAGCUGUGCCCAAAGUGGAUAUUCAAAAGAGAGGAGUUACGACAGCAGCAAGAUCCAAACCUGUGGCUGCAGUGCCCAAACCCCCUGCACCGAAGCCCUCUGCAACUCUGCCCCCAAGGUCCAAGUCCGUUUCCCACAAGGCACCUGCACCUGCUGCCAAACCUGUGCCAACAACUACCGCUCCUGCACAGACCAUCCUGAGGGUUCGGCUCUACUCUGCUCCCAGCCUCCCUGUCAGUAGCCGUGUGAGGCAUCCCUCAGCCAAACCGGCUUCACAGGCUGAGGCCACAGCCCGCCCAGCCUCCAGCAAGUUCAGUGCCUCCCUGAAGAGGAAGGAGCAGCAGCAGAACAGCAAACCCAAGGCACUGAUGGUGACCACUGACAGGAAAGCCCCCAAGCCUCCUGCAACCAGCACCCUGAGCCAAUACAGGGCUUCCAUGGAGACUGCAGAAGAGAGGAGAGCAAAGCUGGCAGAGUGGCUAACUUCCAAGGGCAAGACGCUGAAAAGGCCACCAAUUGCAGUAGCUGCCUCCAAGACCCUUUCCAGACCAGCAUUGAAGUCUCAGCCAAACCCUGAACCCACUGCAGAGCACAGACAGGUCCCAGAAACUGAAACGGGUGUAAAAUCAGAUACCUUUCCAGAACUUCAACCUUCAGCCUCAACGAAAUCUCACCCUGAACCAAAUGCAAAGCCUGAAACUGAACCUGAAGAAGAACCGGAGCUUGCGCCCUCUUCCACCCCUAACAUUAUGAAUACCACCCUGGACUUGCUGGAUAACUCCGAAAUGGACCUGCCUGUGGAUCCUGAAAUUAGAAUGGAUGACCUUGUUGUUAAUCUUUGCAAUGCCAUGGAAGCAAUGGAGGUUCCCUCAACAUGUGACAGUGAUCCACAGGUACAAGGAGACAAAGGAAGCAUUCUGAAAGAGAAUCAGAGGGACACAUUGAAAGGGAAAGAUGAAAAGGGUGAUUUGGAAGAUGUGAAGAAGGGAGAAAAGGAAGUGAAAAAACAAAUGGAGGAGAGGGGUCAGUGGGGGAGUAAGGCAGAGUUCCUGCUGGCAGUGUUGGGCAGUGUGGUGGGACUGGGCAAUGUGUGGCGGUUCCCCUAUCUCUGCUACAAGAACGGUGGAGGUGCGUUCCUGGUUCCCUAUCUCCUCUUUGUAGUGGCAUGUGGUGUGCCUCUGUUCUUACUGGAGACUGCUGUUGGGCAGUACACCCGUCAGGGACUCGUCACUUGCUGGAGGAGGCUGUGCCCAUUGGCUGAGGGCAUUGGCUACGGGGGACUAAUGAUCCAGCUCUACAGCUGUGUAUGUUACAUCAUCAUCCUGGCCUGGGCUCUCUUCUAUCUCAUGUUCUCCUUCAGCUCCCAUCUACCCUGGGCCAGCUGCGCCAACACCUGGAACACAGCUAAAUGUAUGGACCUCAGGACACAGAACCUCACAGCCAACUGGACCCACCAGACCAACACCACCUCUGCAGCCACUGAGUUUUGGCAGCGUAGAGUGCUGGCUAUUUCAGGGGGCAUCAAGGACAUGGGCAGUAUCAGAUGGGAGCUGGCACUGUGUCUCAUGGCAGUUUGGGUUAUCUGUUACUUCUGCAUCUGGAAGGGGGUGAAGUCCACAGGGAAGGCGGUGUAUUUCACAGCCACAUUCCCAUACCUGAUGCUGUUGGUGUUGCUGGUGCGAGGACUGACUUUACCUGGGGCUUUGCAGGGGAUAGUAUUUUACCUCUACCCUGACCCAGCCCGUCUUGCUGACCCACAGGUGUGGAUGGAGGCUGGAGCUCAGAUUUUCUUCUCCUACAGUAUUGGAGCAGGCUCUCUGACAGUACUAGGCAGCUACAAUACCUAUAGUAACAACUGCUAUAAGGACUGUUGGCUGUGUCUGCUGAACAGUGGAACGAGUUUUGUGGCAGGGUUUGCAGUGUUCUCUGUGCUGGGAUUCAUGGCACAUGAACUGGGUGUCCCCAUUGAGAAGGUAGCAGAGUCAGGCCCUGGUCUGGCAUUCAUUGCAUACCCCCAAGCAACAGCCAUGAUGCCCUUCCCUCAAAUUUGGGCUUCCUGUUUCUUCAUCAUGGUUAUUCUUCUUGGUCUGGACACCCAGUUUGUGUCAGUAGAGGUGGUUAUAACUUCAGUGAGUGACCUGUUUCCUGCGUUGCUGCGCAGAGUGGGAGGCAGAGAGAUCUUCCUGCUGUUCUUCUGUGUUUUCUGCUUCCUAACUGGGCUGCUCAUGGUCACAGAGGGUGGGAUGUAUGUUUUCCAGCUCAUUGAUUACUAUGGCAGUAAUGGGGUCUGCCUACUCUCCAUUACCAUAUUUGAGUCAUUGACUGUGGGCUGGGUCUUUGGGGCAGACCACCUAUAUGAUGUGAUUGAGGACAUGGCUGGUGUGCGCCCUAAUGCCCUCUUCAAAUUCUGCUGGCGCUACCUCACCCCUUUAGUGUCCCUUGGUUCACUCAUCUUCUACUUUGUGAAGUACAAGCCCCUUACCUUUAACCACUGGUAUGUGUACCCUGACUGGGCAUACACACUGGGCUGGCUAAUGGCACUGUCUUCCAUUGUGAUGGUCCCAUGCUGGGGGAUUCUCAAGCUCUGCACUGCCAGAGGCACCAUGAAACAGCGUUUGUCUAACCUGUGUCACCCUGAUGAUGACCUGCCCCUGACACAGAAGCACACAGCUGAACAACAGCCUGUUACUUCAGGAAUGGAGAUGGUAGCGAUGAUAACAGAGGAACCAACUAAGUAA